ACCGUUUAUUGUGUAGACCGGUGUCACCACAGCGUGAGAACACUCGUUAGUCGGUUCAUAAGUUCAUUCUCCGGUCCAUAGUGAUCCGUGCCGUAGAGGAUUGCAGCCCCUGGUUCUUGAGUUCAUUCCCCAUCCAUAAUGAUCAGUGCCGCAGGGGAUUACAGUCCCUGACGUUGAACUUCGUGCGUGGCGCUUCGUUACUGUGUACAAAAGGGGACUCACUUCCCGCCGUUUCAGUCACAAACCGAACCAUAGGAACAAUCCAUUCCUUCUCCACAGAGAGAUAAGGGAGAGAGGGAAAACGAACACUGUCUCUCACUGUGCAAUCAUCUUCCGUCACUCGAUUCUGCCAAACGGUUUUUCGAUUGGAAACCCUAACUUUCAUCUACGUGCGUUGAUGGAGCUUCGUUCUCGUCGACGCCUUUCGAAUCCCGCAGUGUCUGGUACUAUCAAUUGUUCCGGGAAUGAGCAGCAGCCUAAGGAUGAUACUGUGGUGGAAGACGAAACCAAGGGCCGGAGUAACAACAAUAAAGACAAAGGUGUUUCCGUUAUGUUGUCUGAUUCGGAUGUAGUUUCCGGUUCCGAUUCCGAUUCCGAUUAUGAAGAUGAAGAAUUGGCUGGGGGCUCGCUGCUUGACUUGAAUAAAUAUCCAUUUUCAACCAUCAGUUUUUCUGACGGAGAAGAUUAUGGUUCUGAUUCAUCUGAUGGUGACAUACCUUUAUUCAAGAAGGCAAAGGUUCCGGGGUCCAGAGAGAGAAGAAAGAGUACGAACACAGAAAAAGGAGAACCAAGUGAUGUGGUGAGGGUGGUGGAUCAUGAAUAUUCAAUGAUUUCACCAGUAUUGGUUCCAUCUGGUUUUAAGGGAACUAAGAAGAGGAAGUAUACUAAAAAAGGAAGUAAAGGAGAUUCUCGUCCAGUGUUGUUGUGGAAUGCAUGGGAAGAGGAGCAAGAGAAAUGGAUUGAUCAGCAUAUAUCAGAAGAUUUUGACUUAGAUAAUCAGAGUGAAGUAAUGAAUGAAACUGCUGAGGCGCCCUCUGAUCUGACUAUGCCUUUACUUAGAUACCAGAGGGAAUGGUUAGCCUGGGCUUUGAAACAAGAACAUUCUUCAAGUAGAGGUGGAAUACUUGCAGAUGAAAUGGGAAUGGGGAAGACUAUUCAAGCAAUUGCUCUUGUCCUUGCCAAACGUGAAUUCCAAGACAGUUGUGAACCAGAUCAAUCCAUACCAUGUUCAUCCAACCUGUUGCCUCCUAUCAAAGGAACACUUGUCAUAUGUCCAGUGGUUGCUGUUACUCAGUGGGUCAGUGAGAUUGAUCGCUUUACUUUAAAAGGAAGCACCAAGGUGCUGGUCUAUCAUGGGGCUAAUAGAGGGAGGAGUGGGGAUCGAUUUGCAGAUUAUGAUUUUGUGAUAACUACAUACUCUGUUGUUGAGAAUGAGUACAGGAAGCAUAUGAUGCCUCCUAAAGAGAGAUGCCCAUACUGUGGAAAAUUAUUUUUGCCAAGUAAGUUGAUGUAUCAUCAAAGCUAUUUUUGUGGACCUGAUGCUGUUAGAACAGAAAAACAAUCAAAGCAAGUUAAGAAGAAAAGAGAAGUUACUAAAGGGAAGACCAAGGAAUGCGAAAGUAGCAAGAUUUUGAAGGGUUCUAUCAAGAAAAAGGGAGACAAAAUGUGCAUAGAUAUGGAAGAUUCUGAUGCUGUACCUGUACGUAGCGAUAGGUCAUUUCUCCAUGCUGUUAAAUGGCAAAGGAUCAUAUUGGAUGAGGCACACUAUAUCAAAUCUAGACACUGUAACACUGCUAAAGCAGUUCUUGCUUUAGAUUCUACCUACAAAUGGGCGUUGAGUGGCACUCCCCUUCAGAACCGAGUUGGAGAGCUGUAUUCGCUUAUACGAUUCUUGCAAAUAACUCCUUAUUCCUAUUACUUGUGCAAGGACUGUGAUUGCAGGAUUCUUGAUCAUAGCUCUAAAGAAUGUUCAGUCUGCACUCACAGUUCCGUGCGACAUUUCUGUUGGUGGAAUAAAUAUGUUGCCACACCAAUUCAAUCUUUUGGAAAUGGUGAUUCUGGGAAAAGAGCUAUGAUACUGCUUAAACAUAAAGUUUUGAAGAACAUAGUAUUAAGGCGCACAAAAAUAGGCAGGGCUGCUGAUCUUGCACUUCCACCUAGAAUUGUUUCGUUGAGAAANGAUUGCCUAGAUAUUAAAGAGCAAGACUAUUAUGAAUCGUUAUACAAUGAAAGUCAGGCACAAUUUAAUACAUACAUUGAAGCAAAUACACUGAUGCAUAAUUAUGCACAUAUAUUUGAUCUCCUCACACGGCUGCGUCAGGCUGUUGAUCAUCCAUACCUUGUGGUAUAUUCUCAAAGUUCAGGUUCAAGAAGUGCAGUUAUGGCCAACAAUGCUACUACCGUUGAACAAAUUUGUGGUAUAUGCCACGAGCCAGUAGAAGAUCUUGUUGUUACCUCCUGUGAGCAUUCAUUUUGCCGUGCAUGCUUGAUAGACUACUACUCUACUUCCUUGGGCCAAGUAUCAUGCCCUGCUUGCUCCAAAUUACUUACAGUUGAUUUAACAUCCAACAAGGAUGCUGGGGAUCAGGUUAAAACAACAAUUAAGGGUUUCAGAUCCUCGAGCAUUUUGAAUAGAAUUCGCCUUGAGAACUUUCAGACGAGUACUAAAAUAGAGGCUUUGAGAGAAGAAAUAAGAUUCAUGGUCGAAAGGGAUGGUUCUGCCAAAGGGAUUGUUUUUAGCCAAUUCACAUCGUUCUUGGAUCUUAUAAACUACUCUUUACACAAGUCUGGAGUAUCUUGUGUUCAGUUGAAUGGAAGCAUGUCAUUGAAUGCUAGGGAUGCUGCCAUUCGGAGAUUUACUGAAGAUCCAGAUUGCAAAAUUUUUCUCAUGAGCUUGAAGGCUGGGGGUGUUGCACUCAAUUUGACGGUAGCUUCACACGUCUUCCUUAUGGACCCUUGGUGGAACCCGGCCGUGGAGCGCCAGGCUCAAGACAGAAUUCACCGAAUAGGGCAAUACAAACCUAUAAGAAUUGUGAGGUUUGUCAUCGAGAACACAAUCGAGGAGAGAAUUUUGAAACUCCAAGAGAAGAAAGAACUGGUGUUUGAAGGGACUAUAGGUGGUUCUUCUGAUGCUCUGGGGAAAUUGACAGAGGCAGACUUGAGAUUUUUGUUUGUUACCUAAGCAGGGUUGUUUUGUUAUGUCGACCAGAAAAAAAAAAUUGUGGAUGCUUCUGAUCAUUCAUUUUGCAGAACUAAAUUUUUUAUUUAUAUAGGAGGAUGCCAUGUAUUUUUAUUUUUCGAUGUUCCCUGAUUUAUGUUGUGACGAACAGUAACUAGGUUAGCUGUACAUAGGCAUAUAGGCUAUUGGCCCACUAUAGUUUCCUCAGCCCAACAAAAAAACUGACUGUACUUUUUGAAUAGUGGGAUUUUGAAUGUUAAAUAUUAUUCUGUAGAUUUUCAAGAAAACUUAAUAUCAAAUAUAAAGACGUUGACUA